AUGACAGCGGCCAGCAGCGGCAACGGCAACGGCAAUGCGACUUCGACCUUCCAAAUGUCAACGUCGCCUCCAGCGACCAGCAGCCCCUGUUCGCCACCUGCACACCCCGUCGCAAAUCCUCCCGCCACACCUCGCUGCCUCUCUCUCGACGCCGCCUCGCAUCCAAAGAGUCGCGGUGGCGGCACGACCCCGUCGUCGCUAGCCGGCGCUGGCACUCAUGUUGCUGCUAUUGACGCACAAGCUGGCGUGCCUGGCCCUCGCCCUGGCAAGGACGCCACGCUGGGCCACAGGCAAGACCCGUUUGCCGCCAUUUCUCCCGCCAAAACCCCAGACCUGCCUCCUGUGCCCGACGGGGCCAACGCGAACAGCACGGCAUGUCCAAUUCCACAACCCGAACAAGAGGCUAGCCCCAGCCCGCGCCCACACCUGCGCCUGCGCCCACGCGCCAGACAUUGUACCCAGGACCAGGCCCCGGCUAGUCCAUUGCCUAUUAGGAGGCCACCCCCCGAAUUUUUUCAUCCCCUUGUCGAGGCACGCCCGCUCCGCACCGCCAGCGUGCGGCCUGAUACAAAGAUUGUCCACCCGAAACCCAUCGCCCAUCCGCCCGCCCUGAACCACAACCUUCCCGACAGCUUGAUUCGAUCCGGCUCCGCGGCUGGAAACAUUGCUCAGCUCGAAGCCACGGCCGAGCGGCUGUCCAUGACGAGUUCCAUUGACGAUGCUAUUCGUGAGUUGCACCUGGAACUGAAGCGAAGCGACAGCAGACGAUCAGCGAGAUUGGCUCUAUCCCGCAUGGCCUCGGUUGACGAGCUCGUCGCAUCUCCGCCCGCUCCCAUCGGACCACACUUCUCGACCGCAGCCUCCCUCGUCCCCGCAAACAGCGCUGCUCGUCACCGCGGUUACUCGCCCGCCGCCUGCUUUGCCAUGUCGCCAAGCGUGUCGCUGACCGGUCCCCUUCGCUGCGGCUCCAUACACUCCGCAGGUAGACCAGAUGCCACCUUUGACUCGAUGCUAGCACGGAAUCCUUCUGGAAAGUCUUCCAUCAGGAGUUUCCGAUCAAGCAAACCCUCCCUGGCCGAAAUCUCCGAGUCGGAACCUGUUUCGCUCGACAAGAAGGCCUUUGACGAAGCCGAUGCCGCGCCGCCUCUCGAAGAUCUGGCGGACGAAGGCAUGCAGCAGCAGCUUUCGGACACCGCUGCCGAUUUUGUGCCAAGCACCGAUGCAUUCCACCAGAUGCUCCAGGACGGCCUGGGAUCAUCGGCUGGACCCCAACAGGGUUCCAAGGCUACCACCGCCGCCGCCAACACCACUGCUACGCGGCGGCGGCAGCAGCAGCAGCGCCGCCCUGAGAGCGUUCACUCCAGCAAUACAUCAGAGCAAGCUCGCGACGCCUUUGUCGACUUUGACGGAGUCCAUUGGGAGCCACAAGAUGAAGCCGACUCGUACGUGCCGCAAGCCUUGGAGUCAGAUGUAUUGGCACAGCGACCAAUGCUGGUCUCCACGGCUCAGCCGACUCAACGGACUUCUUACAUUGACCCAUCGACGGGCCAAAAUAUGCUGUAUUAUCCUGCACGCGUUCCCGCCAUGCUGAACCUACCUCCCAAAUUAUCCACGAAGCCAAAGGCUGCCUCCCGAAACGACAGAAGAUCCCAAAUCCUGAGCACCAUGAUGGAUAUGACGGCGGCGCCAUGCAUGCAAGAUUCCACCCAACGCAAGCGUCAAUCCGUCUUGGCCGAUUUUGGGGCGACCUUCCCCGCCGACCCCCCGGUCCGCGACUCCUGGCUGCCAGACCCCAUUGCCAGCCACCGAGACUCCUUUGCAGCUCUGUCCUCGUUUGGUGCUCUGGACGAAGCUGCACAGCAACCGGUCGGAGUAGCCAACCACGUCACAACGAGGCAAGACGCCGCCCCACGCCGCCCUGAGCGGCUCUCCAAGCUUCCCAAGGAUAAUCGAAAGUCGGUGGCUUCCAUGCUCGGCAACCUACCGGCGCAACUUCGGGCUAGCGCCUUUUUCGAUCUUCCAUCCAUAAGCCCAGAGGUUGAGAUCAAGGAUGGAUCUGCCAUGGCUACGCUCGAUAGCAUUCUCGAUGCCUCGGCCAGUGCACCUGUAAGCGCAUUCACCGACCACCUCUAUGUCGGCAAACUUGGGCCCGAGGUGUAUGGGAAGCAAAACCAGAAGGGAGGCGGGAAAUCCGCCGCGACCGGACAGCCUCGUGCACAACCCAAGAAGAUGUCGUCGAUGGUGCGGCUGGGUCGUAAACGCGGCAGCAGCAGCAGCAGCAGCAGCAGCAACGGUGAUGACAAGCCAGCGCGACCGCACAGCAGCAUAGCCUUGACCUCGACUGCGCUUUACGGCGUUGCCCACCGUGGUGACGGCCAACUUACCCCGGACAGCGCUGACAGCGCGGAGCGGGUUAUUCGGCUCGGUGCCGGACGAGAAGGCGUGCCGGGGCGGCUAGAUCAAGGGGCGGAGCUAGAAGAGCAGCAAGAAGAAGAAGACGACCAACCCUUCGAGGCCCGUUACCAAGGGCCCCCCACCACCCUACUGGCCGAGCUGAUGAUGCGGAAACAGGAGCAGAGGCAACGCGUCAGGAACUUGGGCAAGGGCCUUCCCAACGGCAACUAUGCCACGCUCCUGGACUUGGACACAGUCGCCGAGGUGCAGAUGAGGAACCGCAAGAACAAGCGAGUCAACCUGGCUUGGGAGCACGUGGACGCGCUUGAUGACCAGAACGGAUCCGACGACGAAGACGUGCCCCUGGCCAUCGUUGCCGCUAUGCAGCGCGGAGCCAAGAAUCUGGCCGACCUCGACAGACCCGUCGGUCUGAUGGAAAGGCGGGAGAGGGAGGACAACGAGCCUCUGAGUCACCGUCGCGCGCGGUUGCAGGGAAUGGAGCCUCCGACCCCUGCUGCCGCCCUGCCCGCCAGGCAGAGCAUGAUGUCUUUCCCGGCCGCACAUGCCCUGGAGCUUCUCUCGCCCAACGCUGCUGCUGGGGUCGGGGUAAGCGUCGGCCCAGAAGAGCCUGAAGGCGGCGCCAUGGAAGAGGUUGAAGGCGAGACUCUGGGCGAGAGGCGUCGCAGAUUAGCAACAAAGGAUGGGGCGGAGGUGCUGCCCACGGCUCGUAGAGUCAGCCUCAGCUUUUCGGCCGAGCUUCUGAACCAGUUUGGCGACCCCGAAGACGGCAGGGACGGAUCAAGCACAAGCAACAACAACAAGGAGGCGGGGGCGGCGAAGAAGCAGAGCGCAGCAGCGGCGGCGGUCCCAGCAGCCUCCAAAACACCCUGCGAGGAAGAAACCCUCGGGCAGCGUCGGCGACGACUCCAAGCGGAGCGUCAAGGCAGAGAGCGGGAAAUGAGCCACGGCAACCCGACGACGACGACGACGACGGCGGCGGCGGCGGCGGUGGCGGGGACUUGGUCGGACCCGCCAGGGGCGAGACGGCUGAGUCUCGCCAACGUCCUGUCUGCCCACCCCACGAGGGAAGGAAACACGCGGGCGCGGGAAGAACAGGUGCGGAGCGAGCUGGAGAUGCGCGCUGCGCAAGAACGCGAGUCCAAGAUGUCGGCGAUGCGGAUUCAGAUGCCGACGUGUCUGCCGCAGAGCAACCGCGACAGGUCGGGGGGGUUCCUGGGCGGCGCAUUCAACGACGGCACGGGCGGCCAGGGCCCCAGGGCGGCGAUGAACAUGAGCAGCUCGGCCCUCUCGCCGGGCAACCGAGCGAGCGUCAUGACGGGCUACGGGGUGCCCAACCUGGGAGUGGUGACGAGCCAGUCGGCCUUUGGGGCAGGGCUGAACGGGUUUGGCGGGCCGGGCGGUGCCGGCAAGAGCUCCAUCAGCAUGUACAAUGACGCGGCGAGCCAGAUGUACGGCGGCAUGAAGCCGGCGCAAGCAAAGCCCAUGGACCGAGUAGAACAAUGGCGCUACAGCGUGCGUCCCUAG